AUGAUGGAAGAUGCUAUACACUGGACCGCGAAGCAAUAUCAAGGGGGUUCCAAGUACCGAGCGUCCUGCGACAGCUGUAACGAGGCCAAGGUCAGGUGCAGCCAGGACAAGCCUACUUGCAGCCGGUGUCAGAAAUCCCAGCGCACGUGUGUAUACGGUCUAUCUCGUCGCUCGCACAAGUCGGCAGCUCGUCCAGGUGCUUCAGCUCCACCUUCGUCUCAACAAGAGAAACGACGGGAUUCGGAGCAACAACAACAAAAACGAGUGAGCAGUCCCCUAAGAUGCGAUACCACUACGCCAACAACGACAGCAACAUCUUCAUCGUCGACACAAACGAUGGCGACGACUGCAACUGAAAAUCCCAGUACCACACAUUCGACGCCGUUGGGAGGCAUCAUGUCGUCCUCCGGAUUUCCGGACUUGGGGUUUGACUCGACUUUCUUCACGGGCACGUCUUCUCUACUAGACACAUUGCUUCAAAAUGGAGGGGGAAUUGGCUCAGACUUGAUGACGACAAGUGGGGGCCAAGAGUUCUCAGACCUCGGCCUUGACUUUACCGUGGGCGACCAGACCGUGGCGGACAUGGACGAUCUAUGGGAUGGGUCGACGCCCAUGUCCACUACAAUCUCGGCAACCGCUGGAGGGUCCUCUUCUUCUUCGUUCUUGGCCCACGGCAGCUCCGUUGCUCCCGUGGCAGCAUCGGCAUCAGCAUUAUCCUCGUCCUCAUUUUCCACCAGCUCCUCUUCAACGCGUACUUCAAGGUUCAUCACCAAGUUGGCAUCGACGAUGCCCCCUCUGUGCGCUCAGGGAUACCCGCUCGACGUCCAGCUCUCGAACCUCAAGGCUGCCAUUGGCUUUGCCGAAGAGGGUCUCGGCCUGGGCCUGGGUCUGGGCCCAGAUCAUUCGGACUGGGAUGACGCAAUGCCGCUCAUGUUCAGCACGCUUCUGUGCAGUAUAAUCAAGGGGUUUGAGAACUCACUCGACAAGCUGGAUGCUGCCGUCACGGGGGGAGAAGGGUCAGGUGAAACCAGCGGCAGUGGCAGCAGCAGUAGCAGUAGCGAUAUCAUGGGUAGUACUACCAGCUCGAUCCACAGGCGCGCACUCUCCAGCGCCAGCAUCAACAGCAACACCAUAGCAACAACUCCCUCGUCAUCGCCCACGGCGAGGCAACAACAGCAACAGCCGCAGUUCAGCUGGGGCGCGCUAAGCAUCGACGACGACAACGAGCUCGCGCUGCUCAAGCGGCACAUGUGGCUCGUCCAGUUCCGGCGCGUCGACGCCGUGCUGCAGGGCCUCGAGGCGCGCAUCAAGGGCAUGAAGCACGAGCAGAUGGACCAGGCGACGGCCCAGAAGAUUCUCGCAUCCAAUCAAACCCACAUGUGGCUCAAGCAACGUGCGCAGCUCGUGCGGAACAAGUUCCAUGCUGGCUGUACUGCUGCGAGUGCCGCUGCGGGUGAAGGUGCCUUUCGGUGA